GCGGCGGCCGGAGAAGCCGCCCUAUUCGUACAUCGCUCUCAUAGUAAUGGCCAUCCAGAGCUCGCCCAGCAAGCGCCUGACGCUCAGCGAGAUCUACCAGUCCCUGCAAGCACGCUUCCCCUUCUUCCGCGGCGCUUACCAGGGCUGGAAGAACUCUGUGCGCCACAACCUCUCGCUCAACGAGUGCUUCAUCAAGCUACCCAAGGGAAUCGGGCGACCGGGCAAGGGCCACUACUGGACCAUCGACCCUGCCAGUGAGUUCAUGUUCGAGGAGGGCUCGUUCCGCCGGCGGCCGCGCGGCUUCAGGCGGAAGUGCCAGGCGCUCAAGCCCAUGUACCAUCGCGUGGUGAGCGGCUUGGGCUUCGGGGCCUCGCUGCUGCCCCAAGGCUUCGACUUCCAAGCGCCCCCUUCAGCGCCUCUGGGCUGCCAUGGCCAGGGUGGUUAUGGUGGCCUCGACAUGAUGCCCGCAGGCUAUGAUGCAGGCGCCGGUGCUCCCGGCCAUGCGCAUCCACACCACCUCCACCACCACCACGUCCCCCACAUGUCGCCCAACCCGGGCUCCACUUAUAUGGCCAGCUGUCCGGUGCCCGCAGGUGCUGCGGGCGUCGGUGCGGGAGCGGGUAGCAGCGGUGGCGGUGGUGACUAUGGGCCGGACAGCAGCAGCAGCCCAGUGCCCUCAUCCCCGGCCAUGGCGAGCGCAAUCGAAUGUCACUCGCCCUAUACUAGCCCUGCGGCACAUUGGAGUUCGCCUGGCGCCUCACCUUACCUCAAGCAGCCUGCCCUGACGCCAAGCAGUAACCCUGCAGCCUCUGCUGGCCUGCACCCCAGCAUGUCGUCCUACUCGCUGGAGCAGAGCUACUUGCACCAGAAUGCCCGCGAGGAUCUCUCAGUGGGACUGCCUCGUUAUCAGCAUCACUCCACUCCAGUGUGUGACAGAAAAGAUUUCGUCCUCAAUUUCAAUGGCAUUUCUUCUUUCCACCCCUCCGCUAGCGGCUCUUAUUAUCACCAUCACCACCAGAGCAUGUGCCAGGAUAUUAAGCCCUGUGUUAUGUGAAUGAACAGAGGCCUUGAAGGCUGCUCCCCCUCUUCUGCCCUUUCCUCCUCUCCCCUCCGAGAGGGGCAGCUAGGGACUGCGACAGGACUCACAUACUGUGCACAAGGAUAGCAGUAAGUAGCACACCCAUCACUUAUCUGCCCAAGGGAGCCCUGCUCCCUCCCCGAUAUUUGCCCACCCGUGGAAGAGGAAACUGUUGGCAUGGCAAAAUCCCAGAGGAGGGACAGAGAGAAGAGGUGACGGUAAAGUGUUACUACGUGUACAUAAACUCUCAGUUCUAGGUGGUCAUUGCAUUCACUGAUCAGGGUCUGGAAAGGUGUGUGGUGUGUGUGUGUGUGUGUGUGUGUGUGUGUGUGUGUGUGUGUGUGUUGUAUGUGCAUGUGUGCGCUUUUCAAAUAGGCAGUGCUAAAAGCACAGUAUUUCAAGAAAGCCUUGCUUAGUUGCCUGGUCCAGUAGGAGAUUCUGCCCACCCCCACCCCCAACACUACCUUCGAAUACAGGUGCCAAAGAACAUUGUGAAGAAAUGAAGAACCGAUGAGCCUAGUUUAAGGAAAAUGGCUCUCAGUAUUGUGACAAUACAACAUUUUUACAAGGUUGUUUUUCUACCACCAUAUUUUUAAAGUAUUUUUAUGAUCUUCGUAUACUCACACUUCGCUUGUAUUUUAAAAGGAGGGUAUAUUUGCACUUAUGUAUACUUUUAAAGUUUGCCAAAAUAUUUUGAUGUAAGAUUUUUUUUUUCAAUAAAAUGUGUAUAACAAACGGUU